AUGCAGCUCCUACUGCUGACCGUGGGCCUGGCACUGAUCUGUGGCCUCCAGGCUCAGGAGGGAAACCAUGAGGAGCCCCAGGGAGGCCUAGAGGAGCUGUCUGGGAGGUGGCACUCCGUUGCCCUGGCCUCCAACAAGUCCGAUCUGAUCAGACCCCGGGGGCACUUCAGGGUUUUGAUCCACAGCAUGAGCGCAAAGGACGGCAACCUGCACGGGGAUAUCCUCAUACCGCAGGACGGCCAGUGCGAGAAACUCUCCCUCACUGCGUUCAAGACUGCCACCAGCAACAAAUUUGACCUGGAGUACUGGGGACACAAUGACCUGUACCUGGCAGAGGUAGACCCCAAGAGCUACCUGAUUCUCUACAUGAUCAACCAGUACAACGAUGACACCAGCCUGGUGGCUCACCUGAUGGUCCGGGACCUCAGCAGGCAGCAGGACUUCCUGCCAGCAUUCAAAUCCGUAUGUGAAGACAUCGGUCUGCACCAGGACCAGAUUGUGGUUCUGAGCGCUGAUGAUCGCUGCCAGGGUUCCAGAGACUAGGGCAUCAGCCCACGCAGAGAGCCAAGCAGCAGGAUCUCACCUGCCUGAGGACUCAGACCUGUAGGCUCGGGG